GGUUGCAUUCUUGUAGACUCAGAGCUUCUAGAGGAAAACUACCACUUUGUAAAACGAAGCCAAUGAGUAGUCAGCUCAGAUCCCCUCCAAUGUGAUGGGGAGACCACCUGAGAUUGAAUCCUGAUGCUUAUCAGUUCUGUAACUAUUAGCAAUUUACUUAACUGCUCUGAACUGAGUCCUGGCUCAGCCACCUGUUCCCAAUUCACUGACCAUCUCCGGGCUUUAAUCCGCUCAUCUGUAAAAUAAGGGGAUUGUACUAGAUGCUUCUAAGGCCCCUUCCAGCUUUAAAUCUAUGAUCUUCACACUCUCUUGCUUCAUAGAGUAGUUGUGAAACAGUCUCUGAAGUGCUAGUCAUGUGAGCUGUGAUUGUCUGUUUAGAUAAAAUAAUAAUAGUUGACAUUUAUAGAAUGUUUGAAGGUUUGCAAAGUGCUUCCCACUCUUUCCCUUUAUGUUUUAGGGAUUUAGAAGUUAUUUAUGAAAGUCAGCCAGUGGUGGGAUUAGGGAUUAUUUUUGUUGUGCUUCCAUUAAUUUAUAAAAGGUUCAAAGCUUAAAGGGUUUUACAAGCAAGGGACCUCAAGAGAAGUAUUCAAGGAGAGGGUUCCCCUGGAGAGCUUUACAUGAUUGAAGACUGAAAAAGAGGGCUCAGUGAGGAUCUUGUGAGAAGCUGCUCCUCAUCUCCGAGAUUUCCAGGUUCACGAUUUGGUCACACUGCUCAUCAGUGUGAGAGGUGACUGUGAUCUCAAUCCCUCCACCAGAGCAGCCCCUGCCUCCAGACUGAGGCAGAAUACAUGAAGUGCUCAUUGACCAUAAUAAUAGCCCUCUGGUUAGGGACUAUCUUCCUCGGUUUAAAGAUGAACAACUUGAAGCUUAGACAAGUACAGUGACAUCCACUGUCACAAAACUAGCAAGUAUCAGAGGUGGAAUUCAAGGUUGUCCUGACUUCAAGUCUAGGACUUUAUUACCUAUGGCAAAAUCAUUGAGGACAGGCCUCAGCAGCUUGACAAUGACUUCUCUCAGUGAAGCAAACUCCAAAUUUGGCUUUAGACUUUUCAGAGAAUUGAAGCAAAAUACAGAAGAUAAUCUGAUUAUUUCCCCUCUGAGCAUUUCAACAGUAAUGGCUAUGGUCUUAUUUGGAGCCAGAGAGAAAACUGCAUUUCAGAUACAGAAGGCACUUCACUUAGAUGAAGUUACAGAAGGUGGCAAGCCAAGUUCUGGUUCAACAGCAAAGGCCGCCUGCGGCACACCUGGAGAGGUCCACUCCCAGUUCCGUUCCCUCUUGGAAGAAAUCAACAAACCCAAUGAUGACUAUUCACUAGUCAUUGCUAACAGACUAUAUGGAAGCCAGACAUUUGAGUUCCUGCAGUCAUACCUAGAUGGUGUAAAGGAUAUUUACCAAGCAGGGCUGGAAACGAUGGACUUUUUACAUGCUUCAGAAGAGAGUCGAGAGAAAAUUAAUUCAUGGGUUGAGAAUCAAACAAAUGGAAAAAUCAAGAAUCUAUUUUCAUCAGGAAGUAUCAAUCCAGCUACUGUCUUGGCACUGGCAAAUGCCAUUUAUUUCAAAGGAAAGUGGGCCAUGAAAUUUAAGCCAGAAAAUACUCAAGAAAGAAAUUUUAGGACAAAUAAGGACAUAAGCAGGCCUGUGCAGAUGAUGAAACAGUCAGGCUUCUUCAAUAUUGGAAACAUAGAGGAAACUCAGGGGAAGAUUCUUGAACUACCAUAUACAAACAAACAUCUAAGUAUGUUUGUGUUGUUGCCUACUGAUAACGAUGGUUUAGAGAAGUUGGAACAAGAUCUCACCUUUGAGAAAUUAUUGGAGUUGAUGAAUCCUGAGAAUAUGGCCUGUAAAGAAGUUCAUUUGCGUUUUCCACGGUUUAGAGUAGAGGAGACUUAUUCUCUGAGGUCCACAAUGGAAGCCAUGGGAAUGACAGAUAUAUUUGAUGAAGAAAGUGCUAACUUUUCAGGAAUGACAACCCACAAGGGCUUGGCUGUGUCUAAAGUCAUGCACAAGUCCUUUGUGGAGGUGAAUGAAGAGGGCACAGAAGCAGCAGCUGCUACUGGUGUUGUGGUUGGAUAUAAUUCUUCUAGAAGGGAAAUAUUCAAUUGUGACCACCCAUUUCUUUUUGUCAUUCGACACAACAGAACCAAUAGUAUUCUCUUCUAUGGCAGAGUUGCUGCUCCUUGGUAAAUAACAUUUAGCAAUUGAUAAAAUGUAAGCUCCUUGAGGGCAGGAUAGUUUCACUUUUGUCUUUGUAUCCCCAACAUCCAGCACAAUGCCUGUCAUAUAUAAGACACUUAACAAAUAGGUUUUUGUUGAAUUGAAUUGGCUCAUGCCAAUUGAGAACAGGGAUGUUUAUUUUCUUUUAAAUUUUAUUCUUAUUAUCAAUUUUAAAUCCUCCCUUCCUACAACUCCUUUCUUCCCCCCAUUGAGAAGGCAAGAAAUACUAUAUUCAUUAUACAUACCAAAUCAUGCAGAACAGAUCACCACAUCAGGCAUUUUUCAGAAAAAAGAAAUACAAGAAAAAUAAAGAGGAAAAAUAAGCUUCAAUCUGUCUUCUGAAUUUAUCCAUUUUCUAUGUGGAGGUGGAUAGCAUUUUUCAUCAUGAGUUCUUUGAAACUAUAGUGGAUCUUUGUGUCGAUCCAAGUUCCUAAGUCCCUUACAGAUGCUUAUUUUUUAAAAUAUUGCUAUUAUUGGGUACACUGUUCUCUUGGUUCUGAUAACUUCACUUUGUAUCAGUUCAUGCUUAUCUUUCCAGGUUUUUCUGAAACCAUUCUGCUAGUCAUUUAUUAUACAAUAAUAGUAUUCCAUCAUUACAACUUGUCUAUCUAUUUCACAAUUGAUGGAAUAUGGUUGAAAUCUAAGAGUUUAGUAUUUUUCCUUUCAUUUUUCUAAACUUUGUUAUUAUUUUUGAAGACAGCACUACUCUCCUAGUUACCUAGUCCAUGACCAUAGUGCCAUUCUCUACUCCUCACUCUCAUUCACUUCCCAUAUCUAAUCUAUUGCCAAGUUCUGUGUCUUGUCUUCAGCUCCUUCUCUCCCCUGCCACUACUGACACCCUGAUAUAGACCCUCAUUACUCCACACUUAGACAAUUGCAUUAGGCUUUAGGUUGGUUUCUCUGCCUCAAGUUUCUCCUUAGUUCUGUCCAUCCCAUACUUAGGUGCCAACAUGAUGCUUUUAAAGUAUAGGAUUGUUCAUAUCACAUCUCCCCCUCCCUACUAAAUAAACUCCAGUGACUCCCUUUUACUACAGGAUUAGAUGGAAAAAAUCCUGGUUGACUCUUACAAGGAUUUUAGUGUUAUCCUUACCCCCAUUAAAUUGAAGCUCUGGGAAAGCUCAAAUUUCCUGAAUUCAUUUGUCAGCAAGACCAGUAGUAAUGGUUGAAAACCUCUUUUCUAGUUUAGAUAUCUUCCAGUUCCUUAGGAAUCUUCUCCUCCCAUCCGCCAACUUGAAUGAACCAGCACUACUAGUACUCUCUGACUCCAGUGUUUGGUAUUGCUCAAUGCAGAUAAGAAACCAAUAGAAAUUUACCAGAUUACUGGUUUGGGGAUUCAAUUCCAACCAGAGCCUGAAUCAGUGGACCCAAUGUGUUUCUGCCAUUUUCCCUUCUUGUCUUUAUUGUUAAUAUGCACCCUCAAUAAAACUGGUUGCUUUAC